AUGACGACCGUUGAAAACUGUGUGUGCAUUUUAAGGAACCUCUCUUACCGUCUAGCUGCAGAAACUUCUCAGGGACAACAGAUAGGAACUGAUGAACUUGAUGGAUUGCUUUGUGGUGAAACAAUCAACAAAGACACUGAAAGUUCAGGAUGCUGGGGAAAAAAGAAGAAGAAAAAGAAAUCUCUAGACCAGUGGGAUGGAGUUGGGCCUUUUCCUGAUUGUGUAGACCCACCAAAAGGAAUCCAGAUGCUAUGGCAUCCAUCAAUAGUUAAACCCUACCUCACACUACUUUCUGAAUGCUCAAAUCCAGAUACUCUGGAAGGUGCAGCUGGAGCAUUACAGAACUUAGCUGCAGGAAGCUGGAAGUGGUCUAUAUAUAUUCGUGCUGCUGUUCGAAAAGAAAAAGGACUGCCAAUUUUGGUGGAGCUCCUUCGAAUAGACAAUGACAGAGUGGUGUGUGCUGUUGCUACUGCUUUACGGAAUAUGGCCUUAGAUGUUAGAAAUAAAGAACUAAUAGGCAAGUAUGCCAUGAGAGACCUGGUCCACCGUCUUCCUGGGGGGAACAACUGCAACACCCUUUCAAGCAAGGCUAUGUCUGAUGACACUGUCACUGCUAUAUGCUGCACCCUGCAUGAAGUUAUAACUAAAAAUAUGGAAAAUGCCAAAGCCUUACGAGAUGCAGGAGGCAUUGAAAAACUUGUUGGAAUUUCGAAGAGCAAAGGAGACAAGCAUUCACCGAAAGUUGUGAAGGCAGCAUCUCAGGUUCUUAACAGCAUGUGGCAGUACAGAGACCUCAGAAAUCUUUACAAAAAGGAUGCCCCUGGCUUGAAAGUGAAUGAGGAAAGCGGAUAUUCACCUACCCUGCAGUCUGAGCCAGACAACGCUCUGUAUACGCUCUCCCAGAGCCAAGCGACCAGAGUCAGUUCCCAAAUCCAGGAUGGAUGGUCCCAGUACCAAUUUGUAGCAUCAUCAUCAACCAUUGAAAGAGAUCGGCAAAGACCAUAUUCUUCCUCCAGGACACCAUCUAUUUCUCCAGUUCGCAUGUCACCUAACAAUAGAUCAGCAAGCGCUCCUGCAUCACCCCGGGAAAUGAUCAGCCUGAAAGAAAAGAAAGCAGACUUUGAAACAACUGGGUCAAAUGCCACAUACAAAGGAGAACACACAUCUAGAAAAGACACGAUGACAGAUCAAAUCACUGGAUCCUCAACCCUAUAUAGAAAUUCGUUUGGUCCACCGGCCGAUGAUAUCAAACACAAUCAGAUUUCUACACAGCCAGUUCCACAAGAAUCUAGUAGAAAAGACUAUGAAGCCUAUCAACCUUUUCAGAACUCAACAAGAAAUUAUGAUGAUUCCUUCUUUGAGGAUCAGGUGCAUCACCGCCCUCCUGCAGCAGAGUACAAUAUGCAUCUGGGAUUAAAGUCAACUGGAAACUAUGUUGACUUUUAUUCUGCGGCCCGCCCCUAUAGUGAACUGAACUACGAAACAAGCCACUAUCCGGCCUCCCCGGACUCCUGGGUUUGAGACGCAGAUCCAGGAAUCUGUGCAUGUGCAUGCCUGACUUAAGACAUUUUUCCUUGCAAAAUUUAGUUUAUUAAGCCUGUUCCUUAGAAAGAUCCUAAUUACUGUUGUGGAAAUUGGUUAUGGUGUUUUAGAAGGCUAAUGUAUUGGAAACUAAUAUUUCAUAGGACAUUAAUU